UCCUUCGCCCCCUCUUUAUCUAUUUGUGUUCACAAGACAAACAGCAGCACGAGGAGAAGCAGACACACGAAACGAAAGCAAAAUAGCAAGGAGCCAAGAACCCAAGAGCUAGCUGUUGCUGCAUUGGAGCAGGUGAUCAAUGGCGGGCCUCGGGUUCGAGGAGACCGAGCUCCGGCUCGGACUUCCCGGCGGCGGCAAGGACGCCGAGGAGGCAGCCGCCACUGUGAGAAGCUCCGGAAAGAGGGGCUUCGCGGAGACCAUCGACCUCAAGCUGAAGCUCGAGCCGGCGUCAGCGGCCGCGCCGAUGGCAGGUGACGAGCAAGUGGCCGACGGUGUUGCGGCAGCCGAGCAACAGCCUUCUCCGGCUACUGCUACCGCCGCCGUCGCCGGUGAUGGGCAUAUGAGGCGGUCACCGAGCCAGAGCAGUGUGAUCAUCAGCUCGGACCCAGAGAAGCCGCGCGCACCCAAGGCGCAGGCGGUGGGCUGGCCGCCAGUCCGGUCGUUCCGGAAGAACAUCCUGGCCGUGCAGGCCGACAAGUCGGCGGCGGCGCUGGUGAAGGUGAGCAUGGACGGCGCGCCAUACCUGCGCAAGGUGGACAUCGGGGCGUGCAAGAGCUACCAGGAGCUGUCCAAGGCCCUGGAGAAGAUGUUCAGCUCCUCCACCAUGGCCGGCGGCUCCCAGGGCAUAAUGAACGACGAGAGCAAGCUGGUGGACCUGCUCAGCGGCUCCGACUACGUGCCCACCUACGAGGACAAGGACGGCGACUGGAUGCUCGUCGGCGACGUGCCAUGGGAGAUGUUCGCCGCGUCCUGCAAGCGUCUCCGGAUAAUGAAAGGAUCAGAAGCCAUCGGACUUGCGCCAAGGGCGAUGGAGAAACGCAGGAGCAGAAGUUGAUCGAUGAAGGAUGUUUAUUCAAGAUUUGCUCAUGUCUGUAGUCUGUGCCAUAAUAUGUUAUACUGUCUACUGUCUAUGAUCCGGUUUAAGUUCCUAUCGCCUGGAUCAGCGCUUUGAUGUAUUAUUACCUGCGUAUGUUCUAUCCUUUUGUAUGUAUACGGAGUAUAGUAUUACCUCCGUUCGGUGGUAGUACGUAAGAAAGAUGUCAUCGACA